AUGUCCACCAUGUACAAUUCCCAACCGUCGGACACUUUGUUCCUUAACGGAGAGAAAAUCUCAGGCCUUGAAAUCGGCAGCCAGAACGUUCUGGCCUGCCAGGCCAUUGCCAACGUGGUCAAAUCGUCUCUUGGUCCCGUUGGUCUCGACAAGAUGCUUGUCGACGACAUUGGAGAUGUCACCGUGACCAACGAUGGUGCCACCAUUCUGGCUUUGCUUGAUGUCCAACACCCCGCCGGUCAGAUUCUCGUGGAGCUGGCACAGCAGCAGGACCGAGAGGUUGGAGAUGGAACCACCUCUGUCGUGAUCAUUGCCAGUGAGCUGCUUCGUCGAGCCCACCAGCUCGUCAAGGUCAAGGAUGUCCACCCUACUACGAUUAUCACUGGUUACCGACUCGCUCUGCGAGAGGCUCUGCGGUUCAUCAAUGAGGUCAUGAGCGUCCCCGUCGAGUCGCUGGGCAAGGACACCUUUGUCAACAUUGCCAAAACCUCGAUGUCCUCCAAGAUCAUUGGAUCCGACUCCGACUUUUUCGCUAACAUGGCUGUUGAUGCCCUGCUGGCCGUCAAGACCACAAACUCGCGUGGGGAGGUUAAGUACCCCGUCAAGGCUGUCAACAUUCUCAAGGCCCACGGUAAGUCCGCUCUGGAGUCCGUUCUUGUCAAGGGAUACGCUCUCAACUGCACUGUCGCUUCCCAGGCCAUGAAGACCCGAAUCCCCAACGCCAAGAUUGCCGUGCUGGAUAUGAACCUGCAAAAGGCUCGAAUGGCCAUGGGCGUGAACAUCACUAUCGAUGACCCCGAGCAGCUGGAGGCCAUCCGAAAGCGGGAGUUCGACAUCGUUCUGGAGCGAAUCCGAAAGAUUUUGGCUGCUGGCGCAAACGUCAUCCUCACCACCAAGGGUAUCGAUGAUCUGUGUCUCAAGGAGUUUGUGGAAGCUGGUGCGAUGGCCGUCCGACGAUGCAAGAAGGAGGAUCUGCGACGAAUCGCUCGAGCUACUGGAGCCACCAUGAUCUCUGACAUGUCCAACCUCGAGGGAGAGGAGGUCUUCGAGUCCUCUUACCUUGGCCAGGCCGAAGAGGUUGUUCAAGAGCGAAUUGCCGACGACGAGUGCAUUCUCGUCAAGGGCACCAAGGCCCACCCCUCUUCCUCCAUCAUUCUGAGAGGCUCCAACGAGUACCAGCUUGACGAGAUGGAGCGAUCCAUCCACGACGUUCUGUCUGUCGUCAAGCGAACUUUGGAGAGCGGUUACGUCGUUCCCGGAGGAGGAGCUGUCGAGGCUGCUCUGAACGUCUACCUGGAGAUUUUUGCCACCUCUCUGGGCUCCCGAGAGCAGCUGGCUAUCUACGAGUUCGCCAACGCUCUUUUGCAGAUCCCCAAAACCCUGGCGGUCAACGCCGCCAAGGACUCGUCAGACCUGGUUUCCAAGCUGCGAGCACGACACGCCCAGUCGCAGACUGCCGCUCUCACAGACACCAAGCGACGAAACUACAAAAACUGCGGCCUGGACCUGAUCCGAGGCAAGAUUGUGGACUCUCUCAAGGCUGGCACCAUCGAGCCUACCGUUUCCAAGUGCAAGUCUCUCAAGAGUGCGCUUGAGGCGUGCAUUUCCAUUCUGCGAAUCGACACCAUGAUCAAGGUGCAGCCUGAGGAACAGAAGGAGGACCCCCACGAUCAUUAG